AUGAAUCCUCCGGCAGAACCUCCACAAGACUCUCAACAAAGAAAGAAAAACCCACUCCAUUCAACCAUGAUGAGCGCUGGUAUGAAUUCUCUUCAAUCAUUAUCUUCUUCUUCUUUGAUUGGAAAUGUCAAUCAUUCUCAAUUCACAAAAAGCUCAGCAUCUCUUGAAGGUGGAUCUUCUUCAUCAUUCGAUCCAACAACAACAAGAACAAACAUCACCACCUCUACCACUCUGACACCCCAAACUCAGAGACAAAAAAGACCAAAUCGAGGUGUAAGGUCUACAACUCCAGUUGCUUUGAUUUCAAAAUCUUGCCAUCAUUCUGCAUCCACUCCACAGCCGUAUGCAUCCUCUUCGAACUUGAAUGCUUUUUUGGGUUCGUUCACAUCACAGGUGAAUUCUUCUUCGAUGGGAUUAUCCAUGCAAGAAUUCACUCGAGCCCAUCAUGACCCUCAACAAGGAGUAAUGAUGACGGUUUCAUCACCACCUCACCACCACCACCUCCAUUACGAUCCACAACAAGAUGAUUCUCAUGAUCAUCACUUGUCCUCAUCAUCAGCGCCACAGAUUUAUUCCCCCUUCACGAUGAUGUAUACAACGCAACAACAACCCCAACAACAACCACCACAACAAACACCUCCUGAAUCAACGAAUCAACCUCAGAAACCAUUCAUGGCUUGCUACUUUCCGAGGCAACCACAAAAUUUGGAGAGGAGUCAAUCUCAAGCCUUAACAUCCCCACAAACAAGUGUUGUUGUGUCUUUUGGAGAGCAUCCAAAGGAGACUUGUCAAAAUGUCCUUUUUGUUGGGAAUGACAACCAACAACGAACAAUUCAAGAAAAAGUGAAAACAAAACCUGUCAUGCAACUGCCAUCCAUUGAUGAAUGGUAUCAAAAGGAAGGAGGAGAUGUUGAGAAGUCUUCUCUUCUUUACAACAAGUUGUUGUUGUCAACAAACAACAAGAAACGAAAAAUCGAAAAGCAGCAACAACGAGAGAAUCAUAAAGAAGAAUUAAGCAUCCACCCACAUGUGUCAACUGCCAUACCAUCAUCCAACCAUUCGAAAGUUGGGCCAAUUUCCACAAAUUUGGUAGAUGCAACGUCAGGAUUAGAAAUUAGUGGAAUCGUUGUCAAUCAUUUCGACUCUUAUAAUGACAAGUUGAAUGUUGAUGAAUCAUCCUUGGGGAGGAGUGGUGGACAUGGGAUGGACUCACAUCGUUUCUUAUCAAAAAACUUUCCUUCGACUUUACAUGCAACCUCACGACCAAAUGUUCGUGGACACAAAACGAUGACGUUGUUCACUGAUCAUCAGUCAAGUUCUCAAUCAUUGUCUACUACUACUAGGCCAAUCCAACAACCACCCUUUUCGUCUUUAUCCACAACAGCAAUAACUCAACAACAACCGACAUGUCCUUCCAAUGUCGUUGGAAUGGAAAAGAUGAUUAAUCUGGACACCACGAAUGACAUGUCCAAUCAUCAUGCAACAACAUUAGUAACAACACCAACAACCAAUCAACAACCAUUGUUGAAACAUGCAACAACUACGACAACGACGACAACAUUGGUGACCAUCAGUGGCCACAACCAUCCUCAACCACCACAUGUAACGACCAACUACUUGAAAGAUGAUCAUCCUCCACUUCUUCCUCAACAACAACAUGUAAACUCCAACGAACAAGACUUGUCAUCCACAAGAUCUUUUAUUCAUCUUUCUCAGCCGUCACAUGUGGAAUCCUCUUCUGAUUCUCCACAUCCUUUUCAACCUGUCAUGCACGUUCAACAAUAUGGUUUUCCAAAUGAUCCACAACAACAACAAACAUCGACAAGUUUGAUGGUUCCUUCGAGUUUGACAUUUCCACAACAAACAACUACGAGUAGUACUACUGGCAAUUUAGGGCACACUGUCACCAUGUCCAACAUUGAAUGGAUUUCUUCAUCCACCACAACCAUGACUCCACAAUCUUCGCCAAGAAUGAAAAAACAAAAAAGAAAACCCAAAUCCUCUUCUUCAACACCUGUCGCUUUUCAAAAUGAAACUUGUUCCUCUCCUCAAUUAUCACCUUCUUCAUUCAAUAACAACAACACUCGAUUUCCAGUCAAAUACAAUAACACUUCCAUUCCUCCUUAUCCUUUAAAUUCGACUCCACCAUUGCAACAAUUACAAUUCAUGGAUUCAAAUUCUUCAUCACCGAAAGCAUCAAAUAAUAAUCAACGACGAAGAAAAUCAUCGCCUUCAGUCAUUACCAACCCUACCAAUGGUUUUCUCAUGCAAAAUGAAUAUGAACAAUUUAAUAAGGGAGAACAUGAUAUUCAACGAAAAGCGAAAGGAGAGAAAAUUAUAAAAUACACACAUUAUAAAUUUUAA